AUGGUGCAGAGGUCGAGACAGGCUCGCCGAGAGCCAGCCAGUCCAAUGGAGCUGCUGGGUACGGGCCGGUCGACUGGGCGUGCUGAGGCGGCUCGUGGCAGCGUCGGAGCCAAGCGGCUCCAUGGUGAAGUCGGCUGGCAUGCCGAGCAAUAUCGCCCGAGCGCUGCGGUCAGCGUUCACGCUGCAUCUGUGCGUGGCGGUUCCAGCAGCCCGAGACGCGGUUCCAGGGCGAAGGCGUUGCCGUGGCCCAGACGACGAGGGCCUGCUCGCCACCGAGGCGUUCGCGACGGCUGCGAAGCGCGCCCGCCAUCUGACCGUCACAUGAGGCCACGGAUGUCGACGAGUGCAGUGAGCUGGCCAAGCUUCGCAGGCCGGGGCUCCACAACCAGAAGGUGCCAUUGCCAACCCCCGCGUUGCCCGUCGCGGCUAGCCGCCUCCACCCGCCGCUUGGCGUCUCCAACGACAGCUCGAGCUCUCCGCAGCCAGCACACGGCACCGAAUCCUGACUUGGGGAUCACCCGGGCUCGCCUGGCUCAACACGCACGAGCCCCUGCUCCAACGCGAACCAUCUCGGGCUGGCAACAUGCAGUGCGCACCGCCCGCGGCGGACGUGCGUGCGCCUUGUGCAGAGCCUCAGUUUUGCUGUGGUUGUGUUGUCGGACCGAUGACUCGCGCAGCCUGGACACGGGCCGGGUCAGUCCCAGGAUGCAGAACUUGGGCGCAAUUUGCAGAAUUUUUCGCCGCGCCCCUGCUGGCGUUUCCUCGAUUGGAGACCCCAUGGGACAAUCACCCCGGAGAUUAUCUGUUUCAGCAGUCGAUGCCGGCAGCGAUCGCACCACAAUGGCACAUAUCGACGAUCCUCGGAACCGACUUCGGCUCCAACCAGCUACCAUGGCCACCAGCUUCACUUGUCUUCAACUCGCAACAACAGUCGGCAUCAAAACAAACAUGUGCAACGUCCAGCUUGGCAACCUCAGUCCACGUACACCAGCCCCACUUGCGGCUCAACUUCAUCGUGUCGUGCGACGCCCGCCCGGUCCCGUGACUUGGCAUGCCCGAUCCAGAAUCAUCAUUCGUCUUGGCCGCAAAACUUGA